AAAGGCAAAGUUUCUCAUAAAUAAAAACAGAAAAAAAGAAGGGUGUAUGAAAAAACGCUGGCCUCAACCAAUUCAUGAUGUCUACAUCUUUUCCGAGAAAUAAAGUCACUUUGUUUAGUACUAGUAAUCAUAACGGGGAAUCUAGCGCUAGUGCUGAAAAUGCUCAAAAGAUAGACAUAAUUUGGCAAUUAACAUGACCAAAAAAGAGUCAUAUAUUCCAUUUCACAUUUGCAGUACAUAAGAGAUUGCCCUGGUUUGGCAUAAGGGGUACAUUACAAAAGCAAAUAAAAAGAUCCUCUACAAAUGCAGAAAACUAUCUAAUACAACUUAAUUGCCAAAUAAGCAAUACUGCAGAAAACACAUUUUCAAAUUCAACCAAAUUGAAGCAACCAUCUCUUGAUCUCUGAGCUUUUUUCCCAUUUCAGAGUUCAAAUUUUUCAACUGGUUAAUCUCUCCAUGCAGGUCUAAAUUCUCUCUUUUCAAUUACAGGCGCAGGUCCGAAUUCUCUCUUUUCAAUUACAAGAGCUCGUCCAAAUUCAAUUACAGGAGCUCAUUCAUCAGUGUUUGCUCCUUAUCUAGUAACAUGUAAUCCAAAAUUCAGCUCAAGCCUCAUCAUCCUUUUACAGCAAUAUAAAACAAAAACUAUAUGUAUCAAAAUCCAAAUCAACUAUAAUACCACAUCACAACCCAAAAUCAACAACAAUUAAUAAC